AUUGAAGAAACGAGGAACCCUAAAAACUGGAUCGAUUCCUCUUCCAUCUGCCUCUGCUUGCAAUCGGGGCGAAAGCAGAAAUUUCCACUUUCCCGCCGGUGGUGACUGGUCGGAGAGUUGAGGGAUUGGGUGCAGGCCAGUAACCAACAGUUCCAGGUCCUCGACUCCACAGCCUCUUUCCCGGGAAACAGUUUCCGAGUGCAGUUCAAGAUAUAAGCCUUACUUCCCAUCUUGAGUCAAUUUCAACGUCGUUUAGGAUCGUCAGCUGGUCGCCCGUGGCGAUGAUCGAGGUACUUCUUAUUCUUUUGCGGGCAUGGCUGUCUUGAUGAUUGUGGAUUAUGUAAAGUAGCCAUCUUUACGUUCUGUCUUUAACUGCUGCAAAAUGUAAAGUCUGUCAUAACUGACUUAGCGACUUGGGUUGUCAAAUUUGAAUCCCAGGUUCGAUGAAGAUUAUCGAGUUUAAGAGUCCAGUUUGUUAUUCGCAGCUACGACUUUGUUUUUGCUUUCACUUUAGAUCUCUUUUAUUCAGAAUUCUCCUCUUGAAGCAUGUCAUAUGGUAUAUAUGAAGUGUGUUUUCAAAUUUGCUCAUUGGUUUUGCUUUGCAGCUAGGAGAUGAUGGCCAAAACAGUGAGCAACUUCUCGAGGAUUGCGGAAAUGGACUCGACGUUGAUGACAAUGAUCUUGAAAUUGAGGCUGACGACCUUGAAAUUGCUGAGACGCCACCCUUGAUAUGGAUCCCCAUGACCUUGCUAUUGAGGAGAGCACUCUUGAUAUCGAGGGCAAUGAUCUCGAGAUGGAAGAGACAAACAUUGUGGUAUAAGAGAACAACCCUGAGAUAGAAGUCGAUGAAGGUAAUGAACUCGAGUAAAAUUGUGAGCGAAUGCUCGAAUUUGAAGAACAUGGUCAUACCAGUGAUGAUAUGACAGCCCCUGAUGCUGAAAAUGGUGAACCUCAGGGAAUUGUCUACCUUGCACCUGUUCUGGGGAUGGAGUUCGAUUCAUACGAGGAUGAAUACGAACUACUUCACUGGGGGCAGAUAGAUUUCAAGGUUUCUGAGUUGUUUCGCCUAACUUCUACGAUACCGGGCUUCUCCUGGCAGUUGAAAGUUGGCUUCUUUGAACGAGGCCUUCGGUUUCCUAUUUAACUGUUUUGCAGAUAAAAUCGAAAGUGCAAGCUUGCUUCUAAGUUGACUGGGCACCAUACCAAGAACUUCUUCAUCUUCAAAGUCUUACUUUUGAUUCUUGUACUAAAAAUCCCUUAUGCUGCAAAAUUUAAGUGUGGGGUUCGUUGAUUUUAUCUCUGUAAUGCUACAUUGUUUGCUCCAAUCACGCAGUCACAGUUAGCAUAGGCUCUCAGAAACGAAUGAUCGGAUUAAUAUACAAGUCUGUACUGCAUUCCAAUUUAGUUGAUUCGAUGUAGUCCUGAAUGCGUCGCCAUUCAAGUAUCUCCAACUGUUUACUGAUACAGGCAUACAGCAGCUAAGUAGUAACGAACAAGUGAUGGUCAUGUUGUUGUCCAAUGAUUAAAUUCUUGCGUUGAAA